AUGUUCAAGAAAUUUGACGAGAAGGAGGAUGUGACGGGCGCCACACAGCUUAAAUCGAGUGUUCAGAAAGGAAUUCGUAAGAAGUUGAUCGAAAACUAUCCAUAUCUGGAGCCACAUCUCGAAGAGAUUCUUCCAAAGAAGGAGAAUUUCAAGGUGAUAAAAUGCAAGGAUCACAUCGAAUUGCUUGCCGAUCAUUUGGGAGUCGUCAGAUUUGUGAAGACACGUAAUACAGAUUACAUUCCAACUUUGAGAACACUCCACAAGUAUCCAUUCAUCUUGCCACACCAGCAGGUCGACAAGGGAGCAAUCAAGUUCAUUCUGAAUGGAUCCUCAAUCAUGUGCCCGGGUUUGACCUCUCCAGGUGCCAAACUCACUCCACUAGUACCAAAAGACACGGUUGUGGCAGUGAUGGCUGAAGGAAAGCAACACGCUUUGGCGGUUGGAUUGAUGUCAAUGAGCAGUGAAGAAAUUCAGACAAUCAAUAAGGGAAAUGGAAUCGAAAGUCUGCAUUAUUUGAACGAUGGAUUGUGGCAUUUGGCCGAAAAGUCGUUGAAUUAG